CGGGGCAGUUGAAGAGUGGGGACGCAGGUGUGGGGAGGGGAGGGUGCUGCCCACUGCAAACCCCUUUGCUGCGUCGGGACCCACCUGUGUAAAGAACGGAGUUAACUCCCUGCUUACAUUACCUGGAGGGUCCCUACUCCCCCACGGCGUAGGCCGAGCCUUUGCAGGCUGUACCUCCUGCAGAGGAGGGGCUGCCUGCCUGCGGGUAAAGUGCACAGGGUGGCUGCUACUGCAGCUUAAAUAUUUUCCAGAAGUUGCUUUAUUAAGUCUUUUCAUAUCCCGGAUUAGCAGAUGGCGGCACAAUGUGUAACAAAGGUGGAGCUGACCAUCUCCUGCAACAAUCUCCUGGAUAAAGAUAUUGGUUCAAAGUCGGACCCGCUGUGUGUACUUCUCCAUAAUACAAGUGGGCAACAGUGGUAUGAGGUUGAUCGCACAGAAAGGGUUAAGAAUUCCUUGAACCCAAAGUUCGCCAAGAGGUUCCUAAUUGAUUACUACUUUGAACUGGUUCAGAAGUUUAAAUUUGGGAUUUAUGACAUUGACAACAAAACCAUUGAUCUAAGUGAUGAUGACUUCCUGGGAGAAUUUGAAUGCACUCUGGGACAAAUAGUCUCCUGCAAGACACUAACAAGACCAUUAAUGUUUAAAAAUGGGAAACCUGCCGGGAAAGGAAGCAUUACGAUUACAGCAGAAGAAGUAAAGGAUAACAGAGUGGUCUUGUUCGAAAUAGAAGCAAGGAAACUAGACAAUAAGGAUAUUUUUGGAAAGUCAGACCCUUACUUGGAGUUCCACAAGCAGACCUCGGAAGGGAACUGGGUAAUGGUUCACAGAACUGAGGUUAUAAAAAACAACUUGAAUCCUGUCUGGAAGCCCUUUAAAAUACCUCUCAAUUCUCUGUGUUACAGUGAUAUGGAUAAAACAAUCAAGGUAGAGUGUUAUGAUUAUGACAAUGAUGGGUCUCAUGAUCUCAUAGGGAGUUUUCUAACCACGAUGUCAAAACUGAAGGAAGCUUCUCGAUCAUCACCGGCUGAAUUUGAAUGCAUCAAUGAGAAGAAGAGACAAAAGAAGAAAAGCUACAAAAAUUCUGGUGUCGUGAGUGUGAAGCACUGUGAGAUUAUAGUGGAAUGCACGUUCCUUGAUUACAUCAUGGGAGGAUGUCAGCUGAAUUUCACUGUGGGGAUAGAUUUUACAGGCUCCAAUGGGGACCCUCGCUCACCAGACUCUCUACAUUACAUCAGCCCUAAUGGGGUUAACGAAUACCUGACAGCCAUUUGGUCUGUAGGAAUGGUCAUUCAGGACUAUGAUGCAGAUAAAAUGUUUCCAGCCUUUGGAUUUGGUGCACAGAUUCCUCCUUCCUAUCAGGUAUCUCAUGAGUUUCCGUUAAACUUUAACCCAUCAAAUCCAUUCUGCACUGGAAUCCAAGGCGUUAUUGAUGCAUACCGGGCCUGCCUUCCUCAAGUAAAAUUAUAUGGGCCAACCAAUUUUUCUCCAAUAAUAAACCAUGUGGCUACAUUAGCUGGUGCAGCUACACAGCAACAGACAGCAUCACAAUAUUUUGUGCUCCUCAUCAUAACGGAUGGUGUGAUAACAGACCUUGAUGCAACCAGAUCUGCCAUAGUUAAUGCCGCAAAGCUUCCCAUGUCCAUUAUCAUUGUUGGCGUUGGAGGAGCUGAUUUCAGUGCCAUGGAGUUUCUUGAUGGUGACAAUGGAAGUCUCAGGUCCCCAACUGGAGAGCCAGCUAUCAGAGACAUUGUCCAGUUUGUGCCAUUUAGGCAGUUCCAAAAUGCUCCCAAAGAAGCUCUGGCUCAGUGUGUCCUGGCAGAAGUGCCUCAGCAAGUGGUAAACUACUUCAGCACAUACAAACUGCAGCCUCCCAAGAAUCCUGCCGCAAAGUGAGAGAGCACUGAAUGGGACAGGCGAGUGAGGCUAACCCAGAUGGGAUUCCUGCAACUCCUGCAUGUCAAUGGACUUGGGUCUUGAUUUUUUUUUUUUUUUUGGUGUACAUUGAUUCAUACCUGUUAAUGUCUGUUUGCUUUUGCAUGGAAACAUGUACUCUGCCAGGCUUUUUUUACUUGAGACAAAGAUGUACCCUGUUUAAUACUCAUGUUGAUUAUGAUAAAGGCCCCAGCUGGGCAAAUUUGGUAGAAAAUAACAUUUCAAGAAGUAAGCUGAAUAUGAAAAUCAUGAACCGACUGUGCCAAGUUGUUGGGUGUGGUGCUGCUGCUUUGUGCUGCAGGGCUGGUGUAAUAAGGUCAUCAAGCUGGCUGAACUGCUCCAGGGAGAAUCACCCCAAUGUGCCAUGGUCUUCAGUAUUGUAGAGCUGAUGUAGCAGGGAGUGUCUACAGAGAGGGGUAUGUGGCUGGGCUAUGUACUUGUGCUUCUAGCCUGGGCUACUUUUCAGGACCCUGUGACUGUUUCAGGCUGGCAUAUGUUACAGCAGCCAUAACGCAGCGUUCAGCUCCAGAGUUGGAGCAGUGCAAAAGCAGAGCUUUAAAGACACCUUUGCACACCAUCUCCUGACUUAUGCCUUUAGUUCCUCUUGGCCAUACCUGGGAAUCUGGGCCAUCAUCUCUCAAUAUUAAUAAAAUGGAUUAAACAGUAAACACAGACUGCAUAAUGUGGAGCAUUAAGUAACUGUACAGAUGCAGCCAACUGCUUUUAAUCAAGGUAGCCAUCUAAAUGAUUUAAAAAAACUCUGUUGGCCUUCAGUGCAGAUGCUGUAAAGAGUUUUAAGAUUUAUAUGACAAUAUACUAUGCUGGAAAACUGCAAAUGCAAAUCACUUUAUGUAAAGCUAUCACAUGUGACUAUUAAUUGACCUUGGUGGUUACUAGUACAAAUUCCAUUGCUAAAGAGGAAAACAAAACUUUUCACUCUUGAAUUUUUAAGUUGCUUUAUAUAUUUUUUGUAAUUGUAUCUUCUCAUAUGGAGAGAGCUUUUGAAAGGACUACAGUGUGUGCCAUUUUAACCUGUUUUGUACAGGUCUUGAAAUGCCCCCUAGUUAGCUUUAAAGUGAGUGAUCUUUUAUUUUCCUGGCAGUACUCUCUCAGCUACCUUGGAUUAGUGGUGACCUGCAAUUAAUUUUUUAAAAAUUUGCUUUGUGCCUUUUUUGUUUGCUCAUGGUAUACUUAAAAGUCUGAAAAAAUCCUAGAAAAAAACUUCUCUGCUUGCUUUUUUUAAAUCUUUACAUCAUGGAUAUCAAGCCUGGUCUUCCUUGGUUUUACUGGAGGACUACUGGGAGGUCUCUGAUGAAUAUUGUGACCUCUCAUAUUAGUAGAAGGGGUGGGAAUUUGAAUAGUUAAUAUCCUCCCAUUCUUUUCAAGCAUCCAUUAAUUAAGCAUUGGUGUUAACAAACACUGAGUUUUUAAACUGACUAUAAAUCUUGACUCACACUUACUCUUCUUUCAGUGUUUUGUCUCUUGUGGUGUGUUAAUUUGAUUAGUUCUCCAAUUGCAAUAGGGUAGAGAAAACUAGAAUUUCUAAGGUCAGACACUAGAAGGGGACCUUUUUUUAACAAAACCCUUUCAGGCCUGUAGGUACAACUCAGACAAAGUCAAAAAAGGCACAAGGAUCUUUCCUUUGCAGAUCAUCUUUAUGGAUGCUGUUCUGCAGCUACUCAAGUGCAUCACUCCCAUUGACUUCCAUAGGAGUCCUAUGUGCAAGGUCACUGCAGAAUCAGACACUGAAUUUGGUCUUCUCGUUGUUUGUGCUUACUGUAUUCACCAGUGCAGAUCUAUCUCUCACACUCAACUAUGUGCUCAACUCCUGGCUUGCUGAAUCCUGCCGCACUACAGUGUCACACCUAGGCCAGUGCAGCUGCUGAUGGGGGUUCCCCCCUCCCCCCCGAAGAGUUUUUUUUUAAUAAUGUACUUUAGGGAAGACUCCCCAUCCCAGCAUAUAAUCCUGUUAAGUUUUAUUGCUGUUCUUGAAUCCUUUCUCUCUUUUUUUUUUUUUUUUUUUUGUUGGAUCUUUCUCACUGGCAUUUGCCUUGCAGAAUUUAAAGAAACUGGAAAAUCUGUCUCUCUAGUGCAGGGGCGGGCAAACUUUUUGGCCCAAGGGCCACAUUCCGAAAUUGUAUGGAGGGCCGGUUAGGGGAGGCUGUAGCCCGGCCCUGCCCCUUAUCUGACACCCCCCCCCCCCGGCUUCUUGCCCCCUGAUGGCCCCCCCCCGGGACCUCUGCCCCAUCCACCCCUUCCUGACCACCUCCGGACCCCCUGCCCCUGACUGCGCCACACCGCCCCCCCGCCACCCCUUCCAACCCCUCCUCUCAUUCCUGAUUGCCCCCCGGUGACCCCUGCCCCAUCCAACCACCCCUUCUCCCUGACUGCCUCUGGAACCCCUGCCCCUGACUGCCCCCCCACCGCCGCAUCCAACCCCCUCUCUCCUUCCUGACAGCCCCCCCCGGGACCCCUGCCCCCAUUAAACCCCCAUUCCCCACCCUCUGACCGCCACUCCCCUGCCCUCUGUCUAACACUCCCUGCCCCCUUACCAUGCUGCCUGGAGUAACGGUGGCUGGCGGCGCUGCAGGUGCACCUCCCAGAGCACCAGGACAGGCAGCUGUGCUGCCCAGCUGGAGCCAACCAUGCCACCGCCCAGCACAGAGCACCGGGUCAGGCUGGGCUCUGCAGCUGCGCUGCCCGGCAAGAGCUCGCAGCCCUGCCGCCCAGAGCAUUGCGCCAGCAGCGCAGUGAGCUGAGCCUGCAGGGGAGGGGGAACAGCAGGGGAGGAGCCGGGACAAGCCUCCUGGGCCAGGAGCUCAGGGGCUGGGCAGGAGGGUCCUGCGGGCCAGAUGUGGCCUGUGGGCCAUAGUUUGCCCACCUCUGCUCUAGUGGGCAUCUCAAACUUUUCAGGCUCUAGCUCUUGCCCUCUUACUUGAACUCUUGUCUUCCCUUCUUUUCCCACAUUCCACUUAUACCCUGGGUCACUGGCAUAGCAACUCCUUCUGAUCCUACCUGUGUGUAUAAUACAUAUGGUAAAUAAUGCAGAAAUGUUUGCCCAUUUCCUAAAUGUCUUAUGAACAUUUUAAUUCUGUAAUUAUGCAUUUGAAGUAGAUUAGAUUGGGAAACAAUCUGAUUGGCUGACAAGGGUUCUGAGUUGUAUAAUGAUGAUAAACUGGAACCAUAUGGGCUGGAAUGAAUUUCCAAAGCAUUACAGUAGCCAUUCUAUGCACUCAGUAGAAUACUCGGUUGUAGUAGAUUAGUGUACAUCUAUGCCUUCAUUAUGUGCUGGAAGCUCUAGAUUUUCACUACGUUCUCUGCCGUAUGCCGAUACCAUCAAAAAAUCUGUUUCGUGUUGCUGACUUAGAUGGACUAUCAUGAUAGCCCUAUGAUACUGUUUUAUGGGUUGUAGAUAGUCAGGUAAAAUGUUAGUUAAUAUGAUUGAAGCCAUAUGACUUGUUUUUGUUUUUCCCCGGGAUGUUCCCAUAUAGCUCGAAUAAUUGAAAUACUUCAUAUCAAGUCAAAUUCUAACUUUCUAUUUUAAUCUAAUUUGAUUUUUUGUUUACAGCUGAAGAAUUUAGAUACAGAAUCAUUCUUUACAUCAGAGAAGUGCAAGUGUUACUUUAUAAGUACAGUACAAUCAUUAAUGUUGUACCUCAGACACAAAGAAUUAAGUAUUGAGAGUAGGGAUCCAACGGUGUCACAGCUGCAAAUUGAUAGCAAACUUAUUCACAGCAGUAAACUACUGUAAUGCCAAAUGUGCCAUGUUAAAAAGGGAGAACAAGGUGUGGCAUUAAUUCAUUAUCUGGAAGAACUGAAACGUGUGCUCAUGAAUGGGAUCCUUUGGCGAUCCUCUCCACUGUCUACCAGAAUGAUUACGAAGUGGAUUCUUCUGAACUUCGGUGGUAGUACGCAGUAGCAUUUAAGAAUGUUACUGGGUACUAUUACAUAUAGGUAACUGAUUCAUACCUCUGUUGUAUAUGGAAUACAUCCAAUAGAACAUCUGAACAGUUAAGACUACACAUAUGCGCUUUCAUACCUUCUGUAAUAGAGAACGCAUAGUAUUUUAUUUGGCAAGCCCUCCUGCCCUCUGGCCUCUUCAUGCUAGAAAAUGUACCAAUGACACCAAAUUGUCAGACUGUAUUUGAAAGAGCUAGGCUGGAUUUGCACAAAACCCCAACCUCCCCUUCUCUCAGGACUUCAGUACAUAUCUCUGUUAUGUGUCUUUUUCUCGGUGUUGCAAGACAGGCUACCCUCUGGUUCCUGAGCUAACUUAAUUGUCCCUUUUUUUUCUCUUUUUUUCUUCAUAUAUUUUAAAAAAAAAAAAAAAAAAAUUCCAAACGUAAGUACAGAUGGCUGUGUAGAACUGAAGGUGUUAAAGUGAAGUAAUGUUCCAAGGGGGGAAAUGCAUCAUCAGUUUUUCUAAUUUUAAAUGUAACAAAUGCCUUGGACUAAUGUUGACGAAUAUAACUAUAGCUGUAUUUAAUUUUCUGCUUUUCAGUAGGAACAUGCUUGCAGCUUGCUAGCACCACCUUGUGGUAAAAGUUAUAUAUAGCAGUCUUCAUAAUCAAAGAAGGUAGAUACACACUAUUAGCAAACAAAGGGGAAAAAGUAUAUGUAUGUGUAUGGCAGAGAGAGAUCUUUAUGACCAGACUUCAAAAAAGGUAAUUUCCUUAUAUAUUUGUGAUAAAGAUAAUUAAUGGAACAAGUAGAUUCUGAUGUCAUAUGACCGAAUUCAUUAAAACUGCAAACUUCAAUAUA